UCUCUCCGUCGUCCGAUCUCUCUCUCUCCUCUCUCAGAUUUCGCCCAAUCACACUUCUCCCAUUUCCAAGCGCGCCAAAUACAAAUCCUCCAGCGUUUCGCAUAUGUUUCUAGGGUUUUUUUGAGGAAAAAUGUCGGAUGGCAGCCACGACAACGGCGACCUCAGCCCCAAGUCUAGCGUUCGGGAGCAGGACCGUUUUCUUCCGAUUGCCAACAUCGGCCGCAUAAUGAAGAAAGGGCUGCCGCCGAAUGGGAAGAUUGCGAAGGAUGCUAAGGAUACCGUUCAGGAAUGUGUUUCCGAGUUCAUUAGCUUUGUUACCAGCGAAGCGAGCGACAAAUGCCAGAAAGAGAAAAGAAAGACGAUAAACGGGGAUGAUUUGUUGUGGGCUAUGGCGACCUUAGGUUUUGAGGAUUAUAUUACUCCACUGAAGGUCUAUUUGGCUAGGUACAGAGAGUUAGAGGGUGACACCAAAGGAUCUGCUAGGGGUGCAGAUGGAGCUCAUAAGAGAGAUACAAUCGGAACUCAGAUAGGUUCCGAUGCACAGUUUACUCAUCAAGACUCCUUUGCUCAAGGCUUUGGCUACUCAAACUCCCAUAUCGAAUAUUAAGAAGCAUAAUGCUGUUUGGCUCUCUGAAAUGGCGAGAUAGUUGCAAAGAUACAGCACAGCUCCUUUUGGCUGAGUCCCGCAGGAUAUAGCUUUUGACGUGGCUGGGAUUUAUAUAGGAAAAUAUAUGUAAACGAAGUAUAGUUUGUGCGAUUAUCCUUGGGACCUCGGCUGUUUAUGAUGUUGUAUAUCUGGGAAUGCUGCUACAAUCUCAAUAGUCUGCUUUGUAAUUGCUUUUGAGUAUUUUGUAAUUUAAUGCCGCCAGUGAUCUAAAAAGCUCCAUGUUGUGCUAAUGGAUAAAAUGCUUGUCGAUCUUGAAGGUGUUGGUUAUGAUAACGUGAUGUUUAUCAGUCA